AUGUAUUGUCUUCAGUGGUUAAUACCCGUGCUGUUGAUCCCGAAGCCGAUGAACGCCACUUUGGUCCAGAAUCAGGUGAUGUUUGUGGUGCUGUAUCUCAUAGGCUAUGUCUUGGAGCGGAAGCCGUGUACCAUCUGUUCCCUGGUGUUUGCUGUGGCCGUAUUCAUGCUGUGCAUGAGUGGUGUCGGGAACUGUAUCUUCUCGUUCAUACCAUUCAUGCAAACCAAUUGUCACAACAACUACUCGCAGACCACCACUCAAUGCAAUUGA